AUGGCGUCUCCUGCUGCUGCUCGUACCGCCGUUGCUGGCACUGCACGCGCACUGUGCAUCCGAGCCACUCCGGCCGCACUAACUGCGACCGCGGGCGCCCGCUCCUUCCAUUCGACUCGCUCGUUCGCCGCCGCCUCUUCCUCGCUCGUCUCGACGUUGAGCAGGCCGCGGUUGGCUUCAGCGAGGUCUCCGGCAGCAUGGCAUCUCGCAGGCUCGCAGCGCCGUACCAUGUUCAUCCAGACCGAGACGACGCCCAACACCGACUCGCUCAAGUUCAUCCCCGGCCAGGCCGUGUCGCCUACGGGCACACACGAGUUCCUCGAUGCCGGUGCCGCCGCUUCUUCCCCUCUCGCCGACCGCCUCUUCCACCUCCCCGACGUACGCUCCGUCUUCUUCGGACCCGACUUCAUUUCGGUCAACAAGUCUGUGGAUGCCAAGUGGAGCGAGUUGAAGCCCGAGAUUUACUCGAUCAUCAUGGAGCACUUUACGUCCGGCCGACCACUCUUCGAGGAGGGCAAGGAAAGCGGAGCGGAGGACACGCGGAUUCUCGACACCGACACCGAGGUCGUCGCGAUGAUCAAGGAGUUGCUGGAGACGCGGGUUCGGCCGGCCAUCAUGGAGGACGGAGGAGACAUCGAGUACCGAGGGUUCGACGAGGACUCGGGCGUCGUCAAGCUGAGCCUGAAGGGUAGUUGCAGGGGCUGCGAGAGCUCGGCGGUCACGCUCAAGAGCGGCAUCGAGCGCAUGCUCAUGCACUACAUCCCUGAGGUCAAGGAGGUUGAGCAGGUCCUCGGUCCCGAAGAGGCGGUUGCGGAAGACGAGUUUGCCAAGUUUGAGGAGCGACUGCGCGCAGGCGGCAAGACUGUGCAUGUGUAA